AAGUUUACUGGUAGCAGAAUUUUGCUAGUUUAUUUUUAUUUUUUUGGUACCGUGCGGUAGUUUAUUAUAUGUUUUGCAUGCUUUUGAACAGUUUAGUUAAUGUAUUUCCAAAGUUUGCGUCAUGGAUUUAUGAGAAUUACGUUAUUUACACUCUCUGAAAGUAGCUGUAGGGGAAGUCUCCGUUCUUCUUCGGCUACAGUAAAGUCUACAGGCAGAGGAGAUUCUCUUAUAAACAACAUGCCCAAGAAAGAAAAAACGAGCAAAACCACGCCGACGAAGAAGCAGUCAGAAACACCGACCGGUCCAGUUUCCACGCAUAAAGACGGCGGACUUGCAAUAGCGAUACACGCCAAGCCUGGAGCAAAGCAAAAUGCUGUCACAGAUGUUAGCUCGGAGGCGGUGGGGGUCGCUAUUGCUGCACCUCCUACAGACGGCGAGGCCAACGCAGAGCUCGUGCGCUAUCUGUGCAAAGUGCUGGCGCUGAAGAAGAGUGAAGUCACGCUGGAUAAGGGCAGUAAAUCCAGAGAAAAAGUCAUUAAAGUCAUUGCUUCGAUUAGUCAAGAGGAGGUUCUGGAGAGACUAAAGCGAGAGGCUGCUGGCUGAAGCUCAGCACUAAAGCAAGAGAUCUCAGACAUUUUUGUAUUGGGGAACACCUUUUACUCUAAAAUAAAUUCCACGGACCCCAUCAGGACUGAAAGCCCUGACCUCAACUCCACUGAACACCUUUGAGAUGAAUUGUAACACUGACUACGUUUACAUGGACAGCAGUAAUCUAAUUAUUGACCUUACUCUGAGUAAGAUAAUAAUGUGAUUAAGGUGUUUACAUGAGUCGCUUUUAGAAUAUUCCUGUCAUGUACCUGUUUUUCAUGUUCUAGAACAUAGUUAGAUUAACAGCCUGCGUCACUACGUCACCACACCACGCCGUUCGACGUCCCUCCAGAAUUUCACUUAUCAACAUACAGUUCGUCUUCGUUAUGGUACCGUAUACAGUUUUGGAUGUUUUUAUUUAAUUUCCUUAUGAAAGCUUUUAAGUGCAGUUAAUUAUUUGUCAUGCUGUACGUGCAAAUAGACAGCUGCUUGAAGCCGUGGGCUGUAUGCCAAACCGCGUACUUACCGUCUAUAUAGUAGCCGAGAUAACAUGUAUUUUUUCCCCACUACAGACCUGUAGCAGGCAAGUAUGCGGUUUGGGACGCAGCCGAACUCUCUUGUUCGCCGUAAAACUGCCAUGUGUGAUCGUGUCCUGUCGCAAAAUGCGAUGAAAAUUCUCACACGACGUUCAUAAUGUGAUUAAGGUGUUUACAUGUCUGUAAUACACGUCCAUAAUGCGACUAAAACAGGAGUACUCCACCUGUCUUAAUUCGAUUAUUGCUUACUUCGAGUAUGACCUUAAUUAGAUUAAGGUAAUUAAAAAUUGCUGUUUACAUGGUAGUUUCUUAAUCAAAGUAUGGUCUUAAUCGGGUUGAGAGUGGAUUAUUGUUGUCCAUGUAAACGCACUGCAUGUAAACGCACUGACUGAUUUCAUCCCAGACCUCCUCCAAAAUCUUGUGGAAAACCCUCCCAGAAGAGUGGAGGUUAUUAUAACAGCAAAGGGGAACUACAUCUGGAAUGAGAUGUUUAAAAAGCACAUAUGGGUGAGAUGGUCAGGUGUCCACAAACUUUUAGCCAUAUCGUGCACAUUUGAUAAUUGUGCCUUGUGUUUUUCAUCACUGUAACUAAAUUUAAAUAAAUAAAUCACUGACCCCCUGACUACGCUUCACACACCCCACUUUGAGAACCACUGCACUACAGGAUUUUGGGUUACUAUUUGAUAUCUGUACUGUAUUUUAGUACAAAUGGACUGAGCAUCUAGUUCCUAUAAGAAGUGAAUACCAUAAGUACAUCUCACAAAAGGUAAGAUGGCAGGUGUACACAUUUUUGCUAGUACUUUAUAGUAUCUGCUUCUUAUAGGAGCAUGGAAUUGAAUGCUCAGACCAUUUGUAUUAAAAUGAUUAUGGAGCCCCAUUCCAUUCCAAUUUAUUAUUUAUGAAGCCACCAUGCCAGACAAAUGGAUGUUUUGAUUGAUCAAUGUCUUUUUCAUCACCUUUAAACCUCUGUGACAGUGUCUCUGUGCUUUUGUCUGAGUAAUGUAGUUGUUAAGGAUAGGCCUAAUGAGUGUUUCUAUUAGACAAUUUUCAUUAAGACCCACCAUUUUAUCACCUGAUUUAAAGGAGCUUAUUGCACUGUUCCUAACAGUGCAUGGACCAAAAUGUAUUAACUAAUUAGUGAUGGUGUUACACAAGCUACAUAUCUUGUAGGCAUAAAACUAAACAGUGACUAUAUUAUGUGUUUUUGUGUUUUAUCUUUAAAGCUCAGACAAAGGUGCAGAGAGGUCCCUUCCAACUUUGUCUAGUGUAUAUUAAACACAUCCUCAGUCAGCAGUUUCUAAAACCGUUUUAGUUUCUGAUUUGAUAUAUUUAACAUGAAUUAAGGGGAAUUUAAAUUCCUUGCUGAUGGUGGCUAAUUGAUCAUUUUUUAAUACAUUAACGCAAAGUGAGUAAUCAAUAUCAUACUCUGCAUCUUUAAAAACUGACAACUGGCUCAUUAGAAAAAAAGAGUUUUCAAGAUGGUGAUGCUAAAGUGAUUGCAAACAUUUAUCAAAUCUAAUAAUGUGAGCCAAGGGAAACCAUUUCAUACUAAAUCAUGAUUGCAGUUAAACAUGUUUAAUUGAAUAUUCAAUUUGUAACAUUAAUUACUCCAUUAAAAUGGUGAUUCUCCACUUCAAAACCUAUUGAGCAUAUUCUGAGAUUGCAAACCUUCUUCCUUUUGUAACCUUUUGACAACAGCAAGAAUGGAGGAGGAAAUCAAUAAAGAAGGAUACAUUUUUGUAUUCCUUUUGUAUUAAUCAGUUA